UUCCAUAUGAACAUUCCCAACCAAUUUUGCCUUGAAUUUUUGUUCUUGCUGCGCAGAAGACAUUAUUUUGUUAGCCAUCAGAAGGCUAUGGCUUCAAAUUAGUGGCAAAAGGCCAUUUCUAUCUUACAGAGCCAUGGCCUUGCUUGCCCCAGCGUGACCUCAGUUCAAUCUGGUAGCGCCCUCAUCAGGCCUGGAGGGAAAUUACACCUCUUUAUGCUGUUGAUUGCCCUCACCCUCUCAAGAGGUUUCUGACUGCUGUCUUUGCCAAAUCCGCAGCAGGCAGUGCUCAGCCUUGCAUGUGCAGAGAUAAUGAUCAAGUUAAUUAGACCUGAGAUUGAAUGAACUGCAGCAGCAACUUAAUCAUUUGUAACUUGAUUAGAAAUACUAUAUUCUCCCAAACUCCAGAGACUGGCAAACUUGAAAAUGAAGUUCCACUUUAAGGAUUCAGGUCUCAACUUAAUGGAGUAUAGAGAAGCUGAAAAACAAACCCACCCUCAUUCUGACCCCAUUAGUCAGAGCUGGAGCAUUGUUUACUGUCACUAUAGGAGAAGGAGUGUGUAUGUAAUACUUCACAUAAUGCAUCCUCUUUAUUUGGGUACCCAGAAAAUCUAUUCCUUUGGGAGUAAAUUAGGUCAAGGCAACUUUGGCGUCGUCUGCGAAGCCACUCACAUUGAGACGCAGAGGAAGUGGGCAAUUAAGAAGGUGAACAAAGAGAAGGCAGGCACUUCUGGUGUAAAACAUCUGGAAAGAGAAGUGAGCAUCAUGAAACAAGUGAAACAUGAACAUAUUAUACAUCUGGAGGAAGUUUUUGAAACACCAAAGAGGAUGUACCUCGUGACUGAGCUUUGUGAAGGAGGCGAUCUAAAAGAUCUCCUACAGAAGAACAAGCACUUCACUGAGGAGGAGACCAGACACAUCAUCAAAAGCUUAUCUGAAGCUAUUGUUUAUCUGCAUAAAAAAGACAUUGUUCAUCGUGACCUCAAACUGGAAAACAUUCUUGUGAAGAGUUUUCUCCAAGGCAACGAUAACGAUAUGGUCAAUAUCAAGAUCACAGAUUUCGGACUCUCUGUGCAGAAGGGCGGUGUGGGCAGUGAAAACAUGCUGCAGGCCACUUGCGGGACACCUAUCUACAUGGCGCCUGAGGUGGUUAAUGGUCACCAGUACAGCCAACAGUGUGAUUUGUGGAGCAUUGGCGUCAUCAUGUACACACUACUGUGUGGAGAGCCUCCUUUCAUUUCCAGCUCCAAGGAAAGGCUUUCUGAGAUGAUUAUGAAAGGAGAGCUCACUUUCUCUGGCCCUGUGUGGCACACCAUUAGUGAUGCAGCCAAAGCUGUAAUACAGUGUUUGUUGAAAGUUGACCCAGCUCACCGCAUCACAGCCAAUGAGCUGCUAGAUAACCCUUGGAUUUCGGGGGACAGCUCCACCACUGUUACACAUACGAAUGUCUUAGAGAUGAUGCGUCAGUUCCGGAAUGCUCCAGAGGAUGAAGAGGGUGUGGCGAUGAGUGAGGGACUGCAAAACCUCUCUCUCACUUUCUCUCAGAACAAAAGGUCUGGGCCGAGAACAUCUCAGGAACUCUCAGUAACCCCAGCAUCUCCUGAGGAUGUCAGAGACAGCAGCAGUAGCAGCCAACACUCCACCCGAAACAAGAAGCCUCUGAAGAAAAAACUAUCAGCGUCCACCUCUAACGGUGUUAAGAAGAGUGCAUCCGGUGCAAAGGCCUGCAGCACUCUCAAUACAUCCACUGCACAGUCUCACACAGGUAACAAACCCCCAGCUCAGCCAAGCGCAAAAAGCUACAGCAAGGCCUCCCCUAUCUCGGGAUCCUGUCUCAAACCAUCAUCAACAGAAGCAGCCUCUGCAGUAUCCAACUCAAGCAGGUGCGAAAGCUUGUCCCCACGUCCCUGCACCACUUCCAUCCACCGUUCCACCAAUCCAGCCUUUGGCUCCCGGGCUAAAAAACACAGCUAGACCUCGGCGGUGAGGCUGCUUGAGUAGUUGCGUUCAGUGCCAAAGGUGAGGAACUCCAGGGGGUCACUGCUGCUUUUGGCCCCGCUGGAUAGCCUACACGAAUAACUCUUUAAGCCAGAAUAGUUUUACAGUGAAGCUGAAGUAAAACUGUACUUCCUCCAAUGUGAAUGUGUUUGCUUUUAUGGAUGGAUCAUAAUAGUUAUGUUGCCUUUUUUUAUGAGGUAGACAGAGGCCUCCUCUUUUGAGGGUGAGCUACUAGAUACUGUAUUUUGGGGUUUAGUUGCUGUAUUGUAUUGACCUGAAACAGAUUAACUCAUCAUGCCUAUUCAUGGCAUCUAACAUAAGGUGCAUAAGUCAUUUUUUGCACACACUGAAAUGCUAUUAGCUAAUAAAUUCUCUCGAGAAUAAAGUAUGUUUCAUCAUGAAGGACUGUGAAGAAUGUAUUGACUUUAACAGGGUUUAAUAGCUUUUGCUCUGUGUUUGCAGUGGUAAAUAUGCAAUAACAGAGUAAUUUGAUGCAAUAUUCAAACACAACAUAGUUUAUAGCACUUUUGACUAAAGCAAAUGCCACAACAGUACAUGUAAAAAAUCUUGAUGGACUAUUCAUUCUAUGAAUGUCUGCUGUUUCCUCUGCAGCUGUGCUUAUCACACUGGUCAUCUUUUGCCAAAUAACAUCAGGUGGCUGUUGUAUGUGAAUAGUUCUUUUUUUGUUAUCCAUUAAAAAGAACCCAUCCAAAAA